CGAUGCUGUCACUUCUUCUGAUUGUCUAUCUUUAUUCAGAUGUCUGUUGCGGAGAAAGGUUUACGCAGUUAGUUACGGUGUCGUGUGACAAAAGGGUUUGUUAAGUAGAGAGUAUUUUAUUUCACUCUGUGCAAAACUACCGGAGGAAUUCGGUAUUCCUCAAGAGGACUAUACACUUCGUCCGUUCCCUAGUCACAGAUGCUAUAAACCAGAUCAUCAUACCAUGUACCAAAGGAAGAUCCUACGCCUCCGCGGGGGAACCGCCCGGCUUCAAGCCAAUCCCACAUACACACCUCAACGUCACUUCCCCUACCUCCCACUCUCUACUCAACGAGCAUACUCCACCCCAAGCGAGACUCCAUCACCCCAAUUCACCCCCUCCAACCGCUUAUCCAACCGAACAUGCAUGAUAACCGGCGGAACGUCCGGCAUCGGGUUCGCCAUCGCAGAGCGCUUCCUCCAAGAGGGUGCCGCACGCGUGAUCCUAGUCGGACGGUCCUACGAGCGACUCUAUAACGCUGCAUCUCGACUUCAGAUCGAGUCCCCUGAAAUCCCGUCCACGGAACCACCCCAGCUCAUCGCCAACCCAGAGCAACACCAGCUCCUCGAAUCCUCAUCCAGAAUCAGCCUACUAAUCGGCGACAUCGCCGAAGCAGGAUCAUGGACGCGAGAGCUCGAGAAAGCAAUGCAAACAACAAACCCAGACAUCCUCGUCAACGCUGCCGGCCUCUCCAUCUCCUCGAUCCUUCCUAAAUCCGAACCCACAGAUAUUUCACGCAUCCUGCGCACGAACCUCGAGGGCGCGCUACUCACGUCUCGAGCCUUCAUCCGCGCAUCGAUACGCAAUCGUAUGAAGAGAUCUAGCACUCCCAUCUCCAGUGGAAGUACCGCAGCAUCUAAAUGCAUAAUCAACAUCUCCUCCCUGCUAGCACACAAAUCUGGAACUGGGGCCGUUCCUUAUGCAGCUUCAAAAGCUGGAGUCCUCGGCCUAACGAGAUCAGUCGCCGUUGAAGCGGCCGCUUCACUGCGUGAUGUGGUGGUUAGAUCUAAUGCUAUUGUGCCGGGGUAUAUUGAGACGCCUAUGAUAUCUGAUUUCUCAGAUGGCGAAACAGCCCGUCUGAAGGAGAGUAUCCCCGUGCGACGAUUCGGGAGACCGGAUGAGGUUGCGGAUGCGGCGGUGUUUUUGGCACAGAAUGAGUAUGCGAAUAAUUGUGUGUUGAAUUUGGAUGGGGGGCUGAGUGCCAUCUAGCGAAGCAUACUGUCUAUAUCUUGGGUGAUGGAUUCGGAGGGUAUGGAUACUUGGUAUGGUAGUAUUAUUAACUGGACUGUAUUAUGUGUGUACGAUACGUGAGGAGUGACUUGUAUCUAACAAGAGCGCCUUCUCCUUUUCAUGCUGUUCAUUUAUCUAGCAUCCCGACAGCAAAUAAACAACAAAAUAGCUAGUAAUCAUCCAUUCU